UCCUACAACUCUGUGGUGUGCCUUUGCAUUACAUCCAACGUCAGGAGGCAGCUGAAAUAACUCCUCAGAGGGCCACUUUUAGGAACAAGACUUCCAUCCAUCAUGACUGCUAUCCGUCUAAGAGAGUUUCUUGACCACCGCCCAGUGAUCCCAUCAAGUAUAUUCAUUGCUCAUCAAGGAAGAGAUGUCAAAGGCUAUCUCCCUAAACAGCUGGCACGAGUUCAUUUUGAUUACAGUGCGAAGAGAUCUCCCAGACCUCUCAUAGACUUGACAGUUCCAUCCAAGAGAAAAAUCCAGUAUCAGCCUCAACUAGACCAACGAACUCUCAUUCAAUAUAUUUUUUUCCGAAGAUAUUCAAAGCCUUCAGAAUCGUGGUACAAAGAAACCUCUUAUCAGAGACACUAUUCUCUGCCAUUUUACAAGAAUGAUUGGAGCCAGAAAUUAGCCACAGUUUCAUCAAAUCCUCGACCACUUAAUUCACUACCAGAGUUCUACUGUUGUGAAGAAAGGUGGCCUUAAAAGAAAAACUUAAAAAUUAAAAUAACCAUGGCAUCUGAACAAAAUAUUUGGCAUUCUUA